CUAAACGUAAGGAGAGAGCGGACCCCUCUUGAGAGUUCUACUGACGGCCCUCCCUCCAGCAGGGCGGUCAUCACAUCUGCCCAAUGGCAGGCCAUGUUGGACGCAGCAGACGAGAGCCAGAAACCAUUCUUUCAAAAACUGUAUGAUGAUGUUGUGCAGAGGGAAAGGGAGGCGGCGGCAGCAGCUAGAGCCGCCGACAUUGCUGAUCAGGUGGCUCUCCUUCGGAUCCCGGAAGCCAAUGCUGACCGGUUCCAGGAGGAACUAGCUGCUGCUGUAGCAGCCUUGGUCCCACUACGGACCUUGGAAAACCUUGAGUCUCGUAUGACAGCACUUGAGCAGCAGAACGAAGAGCUGCAGGCUAAGGUAAUUAGCCUCGAACAGUCCCAACUGUCUGCCUCCCGCCCUCCUAACCCUCGAUCUGCUAUAAUCCCAACCUCUCAAGCCAACACAGCCCUCGUGCCAAGGGCAAGUGGAAUCGUGGCAAGCGCAGGAACCGGCGCCAGCUCCUCGAGCGGCAGCACCGACAGUUUUGCGCUGGUCAUGGUCCCGAAUGCAGGGACAUCAACCCAAAACGCCGCAGUUCCUACUGGUGUUCAGUACAGCGGUCCCAUGGUGGACAAGCGGGCGGCCAUGCUGCCGUCCAAGUACGACGGGAAGGCAAACAUCACCUCUUGGAUUAGUUCCAUGAGGUUGUACUUCGAGGUCAUGCGGACAUCGCAAGAGGACCGAAGAUUGCUAUCGUCUUCAGGGAAACAGGCAAGGGGCGUAGAAGAGUCAUCAACACUCUCUACAACAAGGGAAGCUGAGCAGUCAAUUGCAGGCCCUUCCGAGGAGCCUGGAUCUGGCCAGCAGCUUGCUCUUGAAGCCCGAACUAGUGCUCAUUCCAAGGCUGGUGCAGUCCAAGUGUUAUACACUGAKCCUUGGGAGGAGCCUAAAGAAGUUGACUUCCACGCCCACAUGGAGCAUUGGCUGCAGCUCAAGCAACAACGCCGUGUUCAAGGGAGCGUGGAGCCGACUUUCUUUAAACUACUCAUUAACCSCCGAUACAUCCGUGUGCUGAUUGACAGUGGGUCAACCACUAAUUUCUUCUCUCCGAACGGGAUUCGUAAGGCGGACCUGGGUAUGAAGCAAGUGAAACUGCAGAACCCUUGUCGGACUCAGGUGGGCAACCAAGAGGUUGUCACUUCCACUCAUGCUGUCAAAGGUGUGCGCAUUACCUUUGACAAAGACCGCACUGUCACACAUGAGCUGAAUUUCUAUGUCCUGGAUAAGUGUCCUUUCGACGCGGUCAUUGGCUUGGGUUGGCUAAAGGCUCAUUGUCUAAGGACCACGUGGGCGGACAAUCAAUUCGUGGUACUUGAUGCCAAGGGGAACGAGCGUACCAUCUUAUUAGAUGAGACGCGCGAGUCCCCUGUGACUCUUCUAAGUGCUAACAAAUUCUGCAGGUCAGUGCGCAGGCGCAAGGAAGCUGAGUUUGUACAUAUAGCCCUUGUAAAACCACUCCAUGUGCCUUCUACUUUUGCUGCAUUUUCUACCUCGGUAAGUAACUCAACUUCUAAUCCAUCUACUUCUACUGUGAAUAAUCCUUCUACUUCUAAUCCGGUUGUAAUUGCUGUAAAUUCUCAGUCUAAUUUUCUUUCUCCUGAUGAGGAUGAUCCUCCACCGGAAGUCCCAACAAACAUUCGCCAACUAUUGGAUCGAUUCCCUGAAGUUGUGGCCGAACCUCGUGGAGUUCCCGAGCGUCCGGUCAAACACAAAAUCGAGAUAAUAGAGGGGAGUGUUCCUCCAAAGGGUUGCGUCUAUGGUAUGGGACAAAGCGAGUUGGAGGAGUUGAUACGACAGAUUGAUGAUAUGAUUGACCGUGGAUGGAUUAGGCCCGGUGGAUGCAAGGUCUUCUCCAAGAUCGACCUCAAAUCUGGUUACCACCAGAUUGAAGUUGAUCCGAGUGAUCAGCACAAGACUGCAUUCAAGACACGCGAUGGGAUGUACGAGUUCAUCGUUAUGCCCUUCGAUCUUAUGAAUGCACUGGCCACCUUUCAGUGCCUCAUGGAAAAGGUAUUUCGCCAUCAACUCAACAGGUUUGUGGUUGUGUACCUUGAUGAUAUCUUGAUCUUCAGCAAAACCAUGGAGGAGCACCUCAAGCACCUUGAGGAAGUUUUGCAGGUUCUCAAGGAGGCGCAGCUGCACCUCAACUUGGAGAAAUCUGAGUUUGGGAGGGACAGCGUCAUCUAUCUUGGGCAUCGGUUAUCUGCAAACGGCCUUGAGCCGGAGGCAACCAAGGUUGAGGUCAUCCGAAAUUGGCCUCAACCGGCAAACAUCCAGAACACGUGGGACAAGGAAUUGCACAAAGUGAAGGGGUUGUACAACAACUCCAUUCACUCUGUGACUAGUGUGACACCAAACCAAUUGCAGUAUGGAUGGCCGAUGCGUAAUCCCCUCUCCUAUCUGUUCCCCGAACGGUCACCUGGUCUGAUGCCCAGCAUGUCUGGCUACAAUGCCAAGUACGCACGCUUGCUCAAAGCUGCUAUAGCAGCUAUGAACAAUCGCCAGCAUGCCAUGAUCAAACAUGCCAAUAAGCUGCGCAAAGAAGAAAAAUUCAAAGUAGGGGAUUAUGUUUGGGUCAAAAUGUCCGAGUUUUCUGAUGAAGAGGGCAUAUCACGGAAGCUUCUUCCACAGUACUACGGCCCUUGGCAGAUUCUGAAGGUAGUCGGGGAAGACUUUGGCCCUUCAUUUGUGAUUGACGUGCCUCCUCAUCUGCGCACGUAUCCGGUCUUUAAUGCGUCCAAACUAUUCCCACACAUUGAUGAGGAGACCUUUCCUUUCCGGGACCCGAUGAUACCUCGCCCUAUCGACGACGGCCAUGAGAUAGACAAAAUCGUAUCUCACGAGGGCGGAGGGAGGAAUAGACAGUAUAAGGUUCACUUCCUCUAUCACCCGUUGACUGAAUUCUUCUGGACCGACCGGAAAGAGCUGCUAAAAACUGCUCCCCGUGUUGUGAACGCUUACGAAAGACAGAUCACCGAGGGACAGACCGCUAAGUUCGUAGCAACAAUGACUCCUCAUGGAUUGACCAACUCUCUUUUUCUGAUGUACUCCUACGAUGCGUUCUGUACCGACUCUGACUGAGUUGCUCGCUCGAAGGGACCUCGCUCUCGAGAGGGGAGUAAUGUAAUGACCCGCCAAAAACACAGACUGAGAACACUGCUGAUUUCUGGGAUUUGUCACUGGAAUGAAUGCCUUGCUGUGAU